UUAUCACACGUAGAGUAUCUAAUUGGAUUAUAUUUAAUAAAAUUAUAAUUUUUAAGUUAACAUUCUGUAAAUAAUUCAUAAAUUAGUAUCUACAAUGUGGCUGGACGAAGCGGAUGGUUUUGCAGAGAUAUUUAGGGGGUAUUUACCCUACUAUUUGCUUGUUGCUCUGCCUAUAUUUAUAAUCAUGUCUCCAGUAAAUCCAGUAGCAGCAUCACAUGAAUUUUCUGUAUAUAGAAUGCAACAAUAUGAUCUUCACUCCGUACCCCAUGGAUGUCGGAGUGCUAGCUUCAAUCUGGAGGGUCGGUCGCUGACAUCAUGGAGCACGGCCCGACACUGUGUUGUGGCCCGCUUACAGGACAUCACCAUUGAGCAGUUUAUGGAGAUAAGGAGUAAAUCACCGGCACUCUUGCUUGUGCUGCCCAAAAAUAAUACUGAACUUACAGAUGAACAAAAAGAGCACAUCCAACUCCUGGAAAUGGCCAUGAUCCAACAAGAAAUGUUAGCUCCCGUUUACUUUGCUGAAUGGUCUCCUGAGUUUGAGGAAAUCCUGAAGGAUCUGCAGCACAGCUUCAUAACUGAUGAUAAAUCUGGCACAGCUUUAGAGGCAAUGUUUAAUACUGUCUCAUCAAAUGGUUACCAAAUUGUGGUAUCGGCACCGGCUCCACAGAAACUGGAGUCAAAGCCGGUGACAUUGCACGGCAAGCUGGUGGGCAGGUCAGCGGCCCAGACUAUUGUCAUAGCAGCACAUUAUGAUGCUUCCGGACUUGUGCCUGAAUUAGCUCAAGGUGCUGAUUCAAAUGCGUCAGGCGCAGUAGCUGUACUAGAAUUGGCUAGAAUCUUCUCACGUUUGUACUCGAGUGCCGCAGUACGUGGUGGACCCUCAUUACUGUUCGUGUUGACGUCUGUAGGACACUCUCUUAACUAUUUUGCUACUAAGAAGUGGUUGGAGGAGCAAUUGGAUGUGACCGAUGCUUCAUUACUGCAGGAUGUAUCCUUCGUGCUCUGUCUGGACUCAAUAUCAUCAGAGAACCUCAACCUGCACGUAUCGAAGCCUCCAAAACCUGGAGGUGCAGCUCAUUCACUACGUACACGACUCAACGUACCCGUAGUACACAAGAAGAUCAACUUGGCAGACGAGCUCCUGGCCUGGCAUCAUGAGCGGUUCAGCAUCAGACGGAUGACUGCGUUUACACUUAGCUCAUUACAGACUCACAAAGACCCAGCUCGCAGUACAAUCCUGGAUACUCCAUCAGAGGAGUCUUUGAAGCACCUCGUCAACAACAUCGUGUUGACUGCUCGUGCGCUUGCUUCACAUAUAUACAACCUCACCGAUGAAGUCAAUGAUGAAGACGCAACUUUAUACGAUGAGGCUCUUGGUGUCGAUGAAGAAGCCGUUAGACAUUGGUACAAUUAUCUAUCUUCGCAACCCCGGGCUCCACAAAUCAUCACUACCACUCCACCGAAUACAGGAGUGACAGGAGCACUGGAGAAGGCUCUGUCCCGCUACGUGGACGUGACAGCGAGCGUGCACUCUGUGGACAAGCGGGAGCCGGAGUACGUACUGUACUCGCCGCUCAGAACACUGCUGUAUGUCUACAGUGUCAAACCUGCGGUGUUCGAUCUCAUCUUAACUCUAGCGAUAGUUGCAUAUCUAAGUUUACUUUACUUCGCUAUACAAAUGUUUCCAAAGUUUUAUGAAGAAUACGCUUUAUUUGUAACGGGAAAGGCUAAAGUUAAUUAAUUUUAAAAAAUAUAACUGUGUGCGAUUUUGAACUCUAUUUGCUUUGAAAUAAGGGUGUCUUUUCACAGACAUGUUAGAUAGAGUGAUCAGAAAUAAAGCAUAUUUUCUUCAUGAUUGAAAAAAUAAUAGUACCAUAAAGAAACUAAUAUUUGACAGUAGGUUUUCAUUGCCUAAAUCAGGGAUCCCCAAACUAUUUUGGACAAGUGACCCCCUUUUCCAAAAUGAACUGUUACCU